AUGGCUUGCUCAGUGGCUAAUAUAGUUUUUAUUUUCAAUGAGACAUGGAUAUAUCGAACUGCAACAUGUGUUAAAUCUACCCUAGAGCCUCCAAAUCCAGCCACUAGUUUAGAGUCUCUACCUGAUGAAAUUUUAGUUCAAAUCAUAGAUCACUUGAACCAGUUCGAUGUUCUAGACCUAUGUCUUACCAAUUCAAGGUUUUAUUCGUUAUGUAUGAGCAAAUUAUUCAAGAGGGCUUUUAUUACUCUUUCAGAUCCAGACGUUGAGAAUUUACAAGACUAUGCCAUAUUUCAUCGAAAAUUGAAUACAUUUACAUAUACAAAUUCCACAGUUUUGUCUGGAAAGUAUAAUUCUGUUUACAUUUCGCUGCCUAUUUAUAAAUUCGUGAAAAGAUUUGAGAUUGUAGAAAAAGAAUAUAGACUAUUUGAUGAAUAUUACAUGACAAUUGACCAAUUUGAGAAGAUCGCUUUUUCACACGAGUUAAUUAAUAGACAUUCUUCAAUUUUCAGUUCUAAACCAUUACGUAUAGACUUAUCUUACCGACUAGGUACUUAUAUUGAAUUUAUAAGAAGUAACAGAAAUUUCAUGUGCUCGUUCAAGAAGGUGAUAUUAUCAAGCAAAGGGCUAUUAGGAGAUCUUGAAGGUGUCACCCAAUUACAAGGGAUCUUUUCUGAAGCCAAUUCGUUAUGUUUAUAUUCUUUUUUUUUUUUUGUGAAGAAGUGUUGA